GCCCGCUUCCCCCAGAUAAGAUAGUAGAUAUGACGAUAACCAAGAAUCCUACGUAGCUGUUUACGCGCCAAGAGUUGGAGACUACUCUCCCCCCCUCCCGUUGUCGGCCGAAAAGUUAGGUAUAUAAAGUGAAAAGGUUUUUGGGGGUUUUUUUUUUGUUUUUGCUGUACAGAGAAGGAUUUUGUACGUACUACCGCUAUUAGUGUGUUUUUCACCGAGUUUAGCUUUUGUUGGGUUGGUAUUUACUUUAGUAACACCUCCAAAUUGUUGACGUUGGGGGGUUUUUUUUUUGCUCAGUUAAGGCCUCUCAUAUCGCCAGCCUUGUACCAUCCUCCCUUCCCCUCUUCUUUGUUUUGUUUGAGCCCACAAAGAAUUCUUACAAGGGGUUUUUUAUUUUUUUAUUUUUUCCGGUUGAAGCGAAAAUGGGGGAAAAGAAGGAAGAUCAAGUGUCGCCUGUGCGCGAGCCCAGUCUGGAAGGAGGGGAAAUCAGUGCGGAGAAGCAGAUGCAAGAUAUCGGUGCGGAUUUGUAUCUUGAGGUUCAGCAGUAUUCGCGAGAGGAGUUGGAGGCGGAGAGGAAGGUUGUGUUGAGGAAGAUUGAUUGGGUUAUCAUGCCCAUGAUUUGCAUGACCUACAUGAUCCAAUUCCUUGACAAACUCAGCCUCAACUACGCAAACGCCUACACCCUCACCCCCGAUCUCGGGCUCCAAGGAAACCGCUACAGCUGGGUGGCCGCAAUCUUCAACUUCGGCUACUUAUUCUGGGCCUUGCCCUCAAACUACCUCAUCCAGCGGCUCCCAGUAUCAAAAUACACAGGGUCUAUGAUUCUCAUCUGGUCGCUCCUCCUAUGCUGCCAUGUCGCCGCGAAAAACUACGCAGGAAUGCUCGCGCUCCGUUUCCUGCUAGGCAUGUUCGAAGCCUCCAUCUCGCCCGCCAUCAUGAAUAUAGUGAGUAUGUUCUACACGCGCGCCGAGCAACCGCUCCGCAUGUGCAUUUUCCUCGCCUUCAACGGCAUCGCUACCAUGGUCGGCGCUUUACUCGGCUACGGCCUGGGUCACGCGCACUCCCCCCAUAUCAAAACCUGGCAGCUCAUCUUCCUUGUCAUUGGAUUGAUGAAUUUCGUCUGGUCCUGGGUCUUCCUAGCCGUUAUGCCGGAUAGUCCCGCUACGGCCAAGUUCUUGACGCAUAAAGAGAGGAUUGUGGCGAUUGAUCGGGUGGCGGGGAAUAUGAUUGGGGUUAAGACGAAGAAGUUUCAUGCGAAGCAGGCGGUGGAGGCGGUACUCGAUUUCAAGGUUUUGUGUAUUGCGUUGAUUGGGUUGGGGUGCGGUGUUAUCAAUGGCGGUGUGUCGAAUUUCUCGUCUUCGCUCCUGCGUGGGUUUGGGUUCAGUGGCAUUUAUGCUACGCUCUUGCAACUUCCCACGGGUGCUAUCGAGUUCGUUAUCGUGCCGCUGUGCGGGCUGGCGGCGGGAUACUUUAAGAAUACGCGAUGUCUUAUCCUCGCUAUUGUUUGUCUGCCGCCGCUGGGAGGACUCCUGGGUAUUCGACUUACGCCAUUGUCUCAACGCUGGAGCCUCGUCGGAUGCACAUGGUUGCAGUACCUUAUUGGUGCUCCUGUCAUUCUGUCGUGGAAUCUGCUCACAACGAAUAUCGCCGGCCAUACGAAGCGCAGUACGGCGAAUGGAAUGUGGUUUGUAUUUUACGCCGCGGGGAAUAUCGCUGGAGCGAACAUCUUUCUUGCAAGGGAGGCGCCGAGGUAUUUCUCAGCCCUUACGGGUCUGAUUGUGUGUUAUUGCGCCAUGAUACUUGUGGCGGGCGUGCUGGCCGCGUGGAUGACAUGGCAGAACAAGAAGAAGGAUCGCCUGUGGGGGGCUGGCGAAGAUGAACAGGCGGUUAUGGAUGGGUUUAGUGAUUUGACGGAUAUCCAGGCGAAGCAUUUUAGGUAUGCUAUUUAAAUGCGUGGUUAGGAAAGCCAUAGACGAUAGAUGUUUGAGAGACUUGGAUUGCAAUGAUAAGUCUGUGGGUGACAGGAGGAAAUAUGUAUACCCUAUCUAUGACAAAGAAAGAUUAUCUACGUAUCCGCAACAUGAAGCGCAUCCAAUUCCCGUGCCAAAUCUUCCUCACUGCUAGGCAAAAACCCAAUCCCCUCACACCCUCCCCGCUCAUCAAACUCAACCCCAAGUAUCUCCCCCGCCACCCACUGCGCAGUCCUCGCAUGUAAACUUGGUCUUACAGACCCCUCUUUCCUUUCCCCACCAUACACUUG